AUCCCCCUUCUCAAGGUUAGCGGUGUUCGGGUCUGGGAGCAACAUGGCGGCGUCCGUGAGGGCUAGUUUUGGGAAGAGAUAGUGGUUGGUGUCGUUUUCUUUCGGGAUAUUGACAUACUGGAGCUUUCCCCGACCACCCAACUUAAGGAAGGGUGAUAAGGGGAUAACUUUAGUGAUCGGCCAUCUGCUUUUAUUUCCAAUAAGGAGCAGCGUCUUGAGCAGUGACCAGCAUGAGCAACAUCUACAUUCAGGAGCCUCCCACCAACGGGAAGGUUUUAUUGAAAACUACAGCUGGAGAUAUUGACAUAGAGUUGUGGUCAAAAGAAGCUCCUAAGGCUUGCAGAAAUUUCAUUCAGCUUUGUUUAGAAGCAUAUUAUGACAAGACCAUUUUUCAUAGAGUGGUACCUGGUUUUAUAGUCCAAGGGGGAGAUCCUACUGGCACAGGAACUGGUGGAGAGUCUAUCUAUGGAGCCCCAUUCAAGGAUGAAUUCCACUCACGGUUGCGUUUUAAUCGGAGAGGAUUGGUUGCCAUGGCAAAUGCUGGUCCUCAUGAUAAUGGCAGCCAGUUUUUCUUUACACUGGGUCGAGCAGAUGAACUUAACAAUAAGCACACCAUCUUUGGAAAGGUUACGGGGGAUACAAUAUAUAACAUGCUGCGACUGGCAGAAGUAGACACUGAUGACGAAGAAAGACCACUUAAUCCACACAGAAUAAAAAGUUGUGAGGUUUUGUUUAAUCCUUUUGAUGACAUCAUUCCAAGAGAAAUAAAAAAGCCAAAAAAAGAGAAACCAGAGGAGAAAGUAAAGCAAUUGAAACCCAAAGGCACAAAAAAUUUUAGUUUACUUUCAUUUGGAGAAGAAGCUGAGGAAGAAGAGGAAGAAGUAAAUCGAGUUAGUCAGAGCAUGAAGGGGAAGAGCAAAAGUAGUCAUGACUUGCUUAAGGAUGAUCCGCAUCUCAGUUCUGUUCCAGUUGUUGAAAGUGAAAAAGAUGAUGCAGCAGGAGAUUUAGAUGAUGAUGGAGAAUUUGAAAGUGCAGAGCAUCAUGAAGAUAUCGAUGGCAAUGAGAAGAGCCUGAUGCGAGAAAGAGUUGCAAAAAAGUUAAAAAAGGACCCAAGUGCAAAUGUUAAAUCAGCUGCAGAGGGAGACGAGGAGAAGAAAUCAGUUAGCCGCAGUGAAGAGCUCAGAAAAGAAGCAAGGCAAUUAAAGCGGGAACUCUUAGCAGCAAAACAAAAAAAAGAAGAAAAUGCAUCAAAACAAGCAGAAAAAAGAAGUGAAGAGGAAGACACUGCUGGAGGUGGUGCCGUUGCAGAAUACAGAAGAGAAAAGCAAAAGUAUGAAGCUUUGAGGAAGCAGCAGCCAAAGAAGGGAACUUCGCGGGAAGAUCAGACCCUUGCUCUGCUGAACCAGUUUAAAUCAAAACUCACGCAAGCAAUUGCUGAAACUCCUGAAACUAACAUUUCUGAAAUGGAAGUAGAAGAUGAUGAAGGAUGGAUGUCACAUGUCCUUCAGUUUGAGGAUAAAAGCAGAAAAGUGAAAGAUGCAAGCAUGCAAGACUCAGACACAUUCGAAAUCUAUGAUCCUCGAAAUCCAGUGAAUAAAAGAAGAAGAGAAGAAAGCAAAAAGCUGAUGAGAGAGAAAAAAGAAAGAAGAUAGAAAUGAUAGUACUGAUAACCAGAACUAGUUCAAAGUGUGCCUGCAAUACAUGGCCUUACACCAGCCCUUGUUCCCAGCAGCAUCACUUAAAGGCAUGAAAAGAAGUAUUUUUGAACCUGUUGUCUGGUUUUGAAAACCAGUCAUCUUGUUAUGUAAAUUGUGGACUGACCUAAACAAAUGCUGUUGGUUACUGGUAUACAAUUUUAUUCCUUAUGACCUUUUAUAUUGCUAA